AAAUUAUAUAUUUUAAAAUAUAUAACAAUUCUGGUAUUAUCUACAGAUAUUUCUUUUAAAAGUAGUCAAGAUACGUGCGCGUAUAUAAAGGUGUUAAUUUAUUUCUUAUAACAAAUACACAAAUAUUGGUGCAAUUUAAAAAAAGCAUUCAAAACGUCAUAAGGUAUUGUUUAGAAGCUUUCCGUGAAUACACCUUAAAAUUGCAGAGUGUGUUAUAAAAAACUAAAUAGUAGUUUCACAUGACUCAACUCAUUUGUUAAAGUGCAUAUUCGAGUUCAUACACGUACGUUAGCCAGGUUUUAUAUACGCACAUAUCCGCUUUGUCAACUGCUGUUCACACUACCUCUGCUUUAAGUAAGCCAGGCUUCUUAAUCAGCUGUGUGUGCGUGUGUGUUAAUUGUGUGGUUAACAUCUUUAUUUUCAAAAUUAUAAACAAUGGUUAAUGUGCCUCCGAUUCCUCCAUUGUUAUGCAGUACACCCCCAAUUGAUUCUGGCGAGGAAGAUGAUGACUUAGAUAUAUCUCCCACACUUACCGGUGUGGCUGCAGGUGAAGAUUACGGUGAUUUUUUAACAGUCAUUGACAUACCUGAAUCUUUGCCAUCACCUUCAGCUUCGCUUAGCGAAAUGCAAGUGAUAGGAUUAUAUGAACGAGGGACUUAUAUAGAGGAAAAUUCUCCGCCUCCUUUGAAGUCUUCUGAAAAAUCUGGAGAAGCUCCCAGUACUGAAAUACCAUCACCUUCUUCAAAGGCAUUAGAGGCUUUAAACUAUAGUAUCGAAAUUAUUUCCACGGAAGGCGCCGCAAAUACGUCACCAGAUAUUAAUGAAACUAACGGCAAUAGUGAAAGCAACAAAAUUACAUUUAGCGGGACUAAAGACGAGCCAGUUGCUACUGUACAUUCUGCAGUAAUAUUGAUAGAGGAUUUGGAAGAUGACAGCAGUGAUGAGGAGCUCUAUUCCUCCAAGAUAUCUAAAAACUUUGCAGAAGAAGACACCAACAUUAACGAUUAUUACAAAAUAGAAGAAAUCGAUAACAGAAGUGAAAAUAUGACUGCAAAGAAGUCGAAAGAUUUUAAAAAUAUCAAUACAACUGAAGAUGGAGAAGGCAAUGAAAAAUAUAUGGAGCUGUUUAGUAAAAAUAUUUUUACCGGUUCCUCUUCGUUAGACAAUAAUAACAUAGAACGAAAGACAUAUGAAAUGGAAAAUUUUGGAGACUUCGAUAAUUUCCAAUAUUUCAAUACCACAUUACAAGAACCUGAAUUAAGUACAGUUCAAACGAGAGAAAUCAAGGAAUUCGGCGGAGAAAACGAGGAAACUGUGUAUAUAAAAAAUAUUAAAGAUCCUCUCGGGAAGAAAAAUAGUGUAGAGAAUAACAAUCAGCUGAAAGUUGAAUUUUCAGAGAAUGAAGAUGACAAUGGGGAUUUUGGUGAUUUCGAUUCAUUUCCAAUCCUACAAAGUAGUCGAGAGGGCGAUUUUAAUGGAUUCAAUUCUUACAACUCAAGUCCAACUAUUGAUAACGCCGACAAACAAAAUUCAACAACUCAUUCUGCGGAUAAUGAAAAGGACAUAGAUAUUUCGAAAUUCAAAAAUAACAUAGAAAAUUAUAAAUGUGAGGAAGAACAACCGCGUAAAUGUACUCAAUUUGUGACACGAGCGACGUCAUCUAUAACAGAGAGUUGUCUUAUUUUGGAGAAUAAAAUUGAUAAAAGUGAUGAUAGCGAUGACGAUUUUGGGGAUUUCAAUACCGCCCAACCAUCCACAAUUCCUGCAACAACCGUAAUAAUACCUGCCUCUUUAAAGUCAACAUCUAGUCAUUCUUCAACGUUAGAAACGGAAGCUUCAUCGGGGGCGAUUCCAUCCCAUAAAAAUUUAAAUGAACGCAUAUUAAAAAUCUUACAGUUUAUGUUUCCUGAACAGACAAUUGCUCCAAACACGUCAGACAAUUAUGAGCAGGCAUCUUUCAAAAUUUAUAAGGGAUGUGAUAUACCAUUUCCGCCAAUAGAUUCUGCAAAAGCCUUAGACUAUCAAUGGGCAAAUUCAGAGACUCGUCACAUUUUUAUCAAAUCUUUGGGAAUAGAUUCUCGGAAUAUUCUGUUUGGGGAAAAUUGGAAUCCCUCUCUACCGCGCUAUGCUGCCAAUUUGAGUUUUAAUCCUUUAAAACCUAUGAAACCGAAAAACUCAAAUAUUGCCGAGUGUUCGACUUACGAUGAUCUUAGUUCUGACAUCAAAUCCACUGAUAGCUACAAUCAUUGCAAUCGCGACAAGAUAGGUUUCAUAGAAGAUGCAGUGGAAGUGAAAGUGAACACAUCAAGUGAACAAAAUAAAGAAGUUAUCAAUCCGAUGAUCUCGGAUACAUCAUCAAUCGCCACAUCCUGCACUAAACCCGUAACAAUAGUUGAUAGCAAUUAUACUGCACCAUUGCAAUUGAGGGAAGAGGAAUACUCGAAGACUCCACCUCUAAGCGAAAUGGAAACUGUUGAGAGGUUUUCAUCCUCGUUACCUUCCGCUAUAGAUGCAGAGGAGUCAAUAACGCAUAAUUCGGAAUCAUUUGAUCUACCUGAAAUCUCUCAACCUACCAGUUCGUUGAAUACAAAUAAUAAUGAAAAUGAAGUGAUAGUUACAUCAACGUUUUCAGGCUCUUUUAAAGAAACUCACAUAUAUACACCUUCAAAGACGAUGGAUAUUGAAGGAAAAAACUCUAGUAUGACCCCGACUAGUUCACCCUCCAAAGUGAUCCCCAUUGAUUUUGAUUAUGCAAAAGCAGCCAUGGGUGUGAUUAUUGAUGAGACAGUUGUCAAAAAGGAAUAUCGGGAUGUUGUCUAUGAGCCUGGAUUUUCAUUAGAAAUCGCCCUUGAAAAGGAAAGCGUUGAAGCGGAUCAGGUCAAUGCAUCUGUAACAACGACAGGUCACAGUAGUCCAUUUGAAGCCCAGAUGAGUGACGAAAAGCUUUCAACAGGUGUAGUCGGUAAUGCCGAAGAUGAUGAUGAAUUUUCUGACUUCCAGUCAGUGCCAAGCGUGGGAACAGAUGUAGCUUGUAGCACAGCCGUAAAAAAUUCCUUACCAUUCCAUAGCGACAAUACACUAACUCAAAAGUCUUUAAAUUCUAAAAGCUCAGGAGAAACGUCAAAUCUAUCUGCUUCAACAGCUGUGCAUGGCAUGAUUUUAAGCCCAGCCAUAUUACUGCCUCAAGCAAUUGCAAUGGAAAAUCAAACCCCUAAGAUCGAGUGGGGUGAUUCGACCGCCAAUAUUAAUCCCGAAGAAUUGGCUAGAAUCGAUGAACUGUUUCCAGAGCCAAAAUCCUUAAAAUCGACUACCUCUAGCUCAUCUCAAAAAUCAACACCUACUCGUGAGGCCGUUUCGUCCCCGUCCACGCUCUCGAUUAGUGCUACAGUGGCUCAUAAAGAGCAGCAAUCCCAACAUAAAGAGGAUGAAGACGACUGGUCCGAUUAUAUUUCGGUGCCUAUAAGCAAUAUUAAAUCCAUUACCCAGAAUCAAACCUCAAUCAACAAUAACAAUAACAAUUUUGUUAAAACACCCAACAUUUCGCCCUUGAAACAGCCGCCGCCAGCAAACAACAGAGAAUGCAAUUCGAACAAUGACGAUGAAUGGUCAGACUUCGUAUCAAGUGUUCCAUCUGCGGGUAACAAUAUUGCACCAUUGUAUAGCUCGACUUACAGAAGCAUACCACAAUUUAAUAGCGGAGCUUGGCAAAAUGCGAAUUUCUAUAACAAUCCAUUAAGUCUUUACCACAAAGGUCCCAUUAAUGUCGGCAAUUGCCACCAGCAGUCCCCUAAACACCACAGUCAUAGUCAGCUAAAUAAUAACAAUAACCAUAAUUACAAUCCAACAAGCACAUUUAAUAACUGUCACAUUCCUAUACAGUCGCAACAAGCCCAACAACAGCAAAUACAUAUAAUGCAGAAUUUUUCUACGGCUCCUGAACGUGUAACUACGGCUGGUGGCGGUAUCCGCAACAAUCAAUUUCAAGUAGGUUCAGCUAAGGUAGCGAAUAAGGUAGCGCCGAGCAUAGCCUUAAUACCGGAUUUGGGAUUUGUUGCACCUGCCAUACCCACGCACACUUCAUUUAUUAACUCAUUGCCUAGACCCAGUUUAAAUUCGAAGAAAUGACGUUUACUUCAUAAUCAAGCUACUUCUGCCAGCUACAUGCCAUCCCAAGAGCAGCAGCAACAACAACAUUCCCAUUCAAGAGGCUCCCCAACUGUAAACAGGACCCAUUAUCAUCGCUCGCGUACAAUAACUGCCUGUGUGUCCAAUUAUAGUGAUGAUAUUUUAAUCUAGAACCAAAUUGUUAGAAUCUUUUAAUCUUUAUUCUUUAGUUUUUAAACGUACUUUCCUUUUUUUCCUCGUUUCUUGUCAGCAACCGCAGCAGCAUUAAGUUUCGUGUACUUAGGUGAGUCUUUGAUUUGCGUUACAACUAGCGUCACUUUAAUAAGUCCAGUGAUCUUUUUAUUUAUUUACCUUUUUUUUUGUUGUGUUUUGUGAGUGAGUGACUGCACACGUGUACGCAAUCGCUUUUAAUUUAUGAUUUUUAGAGAAAAAUGUAUAUAAAAUCUGAAAGAAAUUGUUAGUUGUGUUUUUGGAUAAUUUCUGUUCGCUUACACAGAAAAAAAACGAAAAAAUGUUUUUGUUGCUACUUAAGUGUAAUUAGUUCACAUCCCACUGCUAAACGAUUAUGUUACGCAAAUAAAAAAUUAUAUAAAUAUAAAUUUAAUGUAUCCUUGUUAUAAAAUAUCGCAAAACAAUAUUCUGCAUUUACUUAAUACUUUUGUCUUGCUCUAAGAGAAAGCAACCUGCACAACUUUAAAUCGAAGCGAACUAAACUUAUUUAAUUUUGCAAGUUAUGCGCCUGAAUGGCAAGAA